AUGACCAUAGCCAGCUUAUCCGGGCAGCUUCAGCUCCCGUCAUCAAAACCCACAUUCAAAUUCCAUAACUUCCCUCAUUAUUCCUCCCAUUUUCACUUCAAUACUUUCCCAUGGAAUUCGCCAAAGAAACGGGUAUUCCGUGUCAGCAAUGUUGUGACCCGGGCCAAGAGGAAAACGGGUUCAAAAUCCCAGAACCGAGACCCAGAGGUAGAGGAGCUGGUUCGUGUUCUAAUGAGGAAUUUCAAUGAUAACCAGCCGUUGACCGCCACUUUGAAUAAGUUCGUGAAGGUUGUCAGGAGCGAGCAUUGUUUUAUGCUCUUUGAAGAGCUCGGCCGGACCGAUAAAUGGCUCCAGUGCCUUGAGGUGUUCAGAUGGAUGCAAAAGCAACGAUGGUAUAUAGCUGAUAAUGGUGUGUAUUCAAAGUUGAUAUCAGUUAUGGGUAGGAAAGGACAGACGAGGAUGGCUAUGUGGCUUUUCUCUGAGAUGCGUAAUAGUGGGUGUCGUCCUGACACUUCAGUGUAUAACGCACUGAUUACUGCCCACCUUCACAGCCGUGAUAAAGCCAAGGCGUUGUCUAAGGCUUUGGGAUACUUUGAGAAGAUGAAGGGGAUGGAGCGAUGUCCCCCUAAUGUGGUUACAUACAACAUUCUUUUGAGAGCAUGUGCACAGGCACGUGAUGUUGAUCAAGUUAAGGUAUUGUUGGAAGAUCUUGACAAGAGCAUCGUGACGCCUGAUAUCUUCACCUUUAAUGGACUGAUGGAUGCAUAUGGAAAGCAUGGGAUGAUUAGGGAGAUGGAAUCUGUGCUAUCCCGAAUGAAAAAUAACAAGCUGAAACCUGAUAUCAUCACUUUCAAUUUGCUGAUUGAUGCAUAUGGACGGAAACAAGAAUUUGAAAAGAUGGAACAAGUGUUUAAGUCUUUGUUACGAUCCAAGGAGAAGCCUACACAUCCUACAUUCAAUUCCAUGAUCACAAACUAUGGAAAAGCAAGGCUUAGGGAGAAAGCUGAGUUAGUUUUUCAGAAGAUGACUGAUAUGGGGUAUUAUCCAAGCUUCAUAACUUAUGAGUGUCUUAUACUGAUGUAUGGAUAUUGUGAUUGUGUGUCCAAGGCAAGAGAGAUAUUUGAUGAAGUGAGAGAAUCUGCUAAGGAAAAGAAGGUCUCGACUUUGAAUGCAAUGCUGGAAGUGUAUUGUAGGAAUGGUUUACCUCUAGAAGCAAACGAUCUGUUUGAGAGUAUACAUGCCUCUAAAACUUUUCACAUUGAUUCCUCGACUUACAAACUUUUGUACAAAGCUUAUACUAAAGCAAAUCUGAAGGAAUUAUUGAAGAAAUUGCUUUUGUACAUGGAUAGGGAUGGAAUCAUUCCCAAUAAGAGAUUCUUUCUGGAUGCUCUUGGAGCCUUUGGAUCUUCAUCGACAAGCCAGAAGACAACUAAGAGCAGUAGCAGUUUGAGAAUGCAAGCAACUAAUAGUUCAAUGUUUCAGGAGUUGGCCAUUGUUUUGCUUGUAUGGCACCCAAAGAUGGCCAAGAUGCCGGGAGAAUGGGAGCCUUACUGCUAUGGGCAAGUCUUGUUGGAUCUGUCAUUUUAG